GCAUAUAUCUUUCUUUUGCACAGCUGUCUUUUCAAGAAUGAGCUAUGUAUACCCUUUCUCUGGAAGACAACCGUUGUGUGUUUUUUCACUCUGCCUGCCAGAAAUUGCAUCUUGCUGAAUUCCGGAAAAGUGCCACCAGUAUUUUCAGGCCGUGUUUCUGUAAUCGGUUAUCUUGGGCUUCCCAUGUUUCUUUGAGUGUCCGAACUAUUGCCAUCUUGUCGGAAAUCCCCUGCUGUUAAUUUUGUUGUAAUGGAAUUCUUCAUCUGCUCGCUGUGCUGCUGCUGGAAGUCCAAGGGAAAGCCAAACGGUAAAAAGCCAGCACCAGAAGAGAAGAAACUUUACCUAGAGCCAGAAUACACAAAAUCCAGAAUUACUGACUUCGAAUUUAAGGAGCUAGUGAUGUUACCACGAGAAAUAGACCUCAACGAGUGGCUAGCCAGCAACACAACAACUUUUUUUCAUCACAUCAACUUACAGUAUAGUACAAUCUCAGAAUUCUGUACAGGAGAGUCGUGUCAGACCAUGGCCGUGUGCAAUACACAGUACUACUGGUAUGAUGAGCGGGGAAAGAAGAUCAAGUGCACUGCUCCUCAGUAUGUUGACUUUGUCAUGAGCUCAGUGCAGAAACUAGUGACAGAUGAGGAUGUCUUUCCAACAAAAUACGGCAAGGAAUUCCCAAACUCAUUUGAAUCCCUAGUGAAGAAGAUCUGCAAGUAUCUGUUCCAUGUGCUGGCCCAUAUCUACUCCUCACACUUUAAGGAGACUUUGGCACUGGAGCUGCACGGACAUUUAAACACACUCUACACACACUUUAUCCUAUUCAUCAGGGAGUUCAACCUCGUGGACCCUAAAGAGACCACCAUCAUGGAUGACCUCACAGAGGUCCUCUGCAGCAGCAGCGGGAGCAGCAGUAACGGGAGUGGCAACGGGAGUAGCAACAGCGCAGGAGCACAGAACCAUGUGAAAGAGAGAUGAGCCUUCCUCCAGGAUCAAAACUAACAUUAAAAACAAUAUUAUAUGUUCUGUGUGUAUGUGUAUGUAUAUGUUCAGAUAUACAUACAGACAUAUACAGCAAUGAAAGCUGAAAGAAAUUCUGCUGCCACCACAGGAUGUGUAGUCACGGGACUGUACGGAGCUUUGGUGUAAUGCGCCACUUGGCAAGAAGUUGCACCGAUUUUAUUUUAUUUUCUGUCCACUCCUCCUUUUACCUGUUCAGAUGGAUGACGAGUGCUGUUUUUAGAGAAAAGCCAAGCUUGAGUGGGGCCACUCCUGGUUAUUUUGGUUGUUGGUUUGGUUUGGGGGUGGUUGUUUUGGUUUUUGUUUGUUUUUGGUUUUUUUUUUGUUGGUUGUUUUUUUGCUUUUUUUUUCUCUGGUCUUGAGUACAAGCCCUUUGUCUUUCUAGGAUGGUGGUCCUGCCAUUUAAAAAUAUCUAUUACAGUAUAAGAAGUGACUUUUACUUUGAAGUGGCUUAAAAUGCAGGUUGGUUUGGAUUUUGAGGGGGAGGGGUGGGGGUGGUUUUUUGGUUUGGUUUUACAUAGACUGCCCCUUACCCUUCCAGGAACUCCCCAGUUGUGUGCAUCUUGCCCUUUGUUAGCUUGGAAUGGGAAGAAACCCCUGGCUUGACUAGAGCAGCAGCUAGGGGCUUGCUACAUGUUGAAAGGGCAUAAUUCUCCAGUUGUCCCAUAUACCUGGUCACAACAUGUGAACAUGCAAGAGGAUUCACAAGCCUUUCUGCUUAUUGCUCCUACAACAUAUAUACUCUUUUCUCUGCUCUCCCACCUCCUCUUUUCCCAGGCACAUCUCUACAAAUAGUAAGAUCACUGGAAUCCCAAAACCCAUGUGCAAGAGCCACCACCAUUUGCUUCCCACUGAACAGAGGCCCAGGGAAGGGGGAAAAAGGUACAUUGAGUCAGUCACUGCCUGUGCUAGAAAGAUGGCUGUUGGCAUAAAAUUAUAUUGUUGGCUUAUUUUAGUUCAUCUGUUCUAUAAUAAUAAAAACAAAUCUAUCAGCCACAA